AUGCGCAACAAACGGACCAACACGCAGCCGCUCGAAGAUGCGUCCAUCUCGCCCGCGACCUUCAACGACGGACUGCCUCUCCCCAAGCUGAUCGCCUUCGACUUGGACUACACCCUGUGGCCUUUCUGGGUCGACACACAUGUCAGCGCCCCGAUCAAGCCUCGUGAUAAUAACUCGCGCUGCACGGAUCGAUGGAACGAGUCCUUCGCCUUCUACCCCGCCGUGUCCUCAAUCCUCCAUUCCCUCAAAUCCAAAUCCAUCCCGCUGGCCCUUGCCUCCCGCACCCACGCCCCCGACCUAGCGCGCGACAUGCUCAAAGCCCUGCACAUCAUUCCCAGCUUCUCCGACAACCCGGCGGCGAAAGCCAAGUCGGUGCGCGCGCUCGACUACUUCGACUACAUCCAGAUCUUCCCGGCGAACAAGACGCAGCAUUUCGCGCGCAUCCAGCAGGCCAGCGGGGUUGCAUACGAGGAUAUGCUGUUUUUUGACGACGAGGCGAGGAAUCGCAAUGUUGAGACGGAGCUGGGGGUGAGUUUUUGUUUGGUGCGCGAUGGCAUGACGAGGGAGGAGGUCGAUCGGGGGGUUUGGGCGUGGAGGAGGAGGAAUGGGAUUAAGGGGAAGAGAGAUGAGGGGGUGAAGGGGGGGAGGGGGAGGAGGACCCGUCUCCGCCAAACCUCCGCGGACGGCAUCGUCCACCUCCGAACUUCUGCUUCUCCAACUUCACCUUCCCUCCAACCACCACCUCCUCUACCACACCAUAACCACAACCACCAAAAAGGAGACGUGCCGGCUCAUAUCUCCCCUCCUCUCCUCGCCUCUCAAUUCUCCACACUCAACCUCAUACUCAACAAAAAUAGCAGAAACAGCAGCAACAAUGGACCCCCGCCAACCCCCACAACAACACAAACACCAACACCACCAACACCGUCAUCAUCAACACACCUCAAGCCACCACCAACCCACCACCACCGCGCCCCCUCCCCCUCAAUGCCCCCGCCCUCCCGCCCACCCAUAACCGCCCACCCUACCGCGACCAUCUCCGACACGACCAUCUUCCAAGGCAGCCACCCGAUCUCCAUCGGCGCCGGCACGAUCAUCCACCCGCGCACGCGCAUCCUCUCGCACGAGGGACCCAUUAUCAUCGGAAACGGGUGCAUCCUCAGCGAGAAGAGCAUCGUGGGGGCGCCGCUACCCCCGCCUCCAUCUUCACCGGGGCCUUAUUCCUCAUCACACCCGAAGCCACCCACCGCUACAUCCACAUCCACAGGAGACCGGGAUAGGGACAGGGAAAGGGAACGAGAACUGGAACGAGAAAGACCCAGCCCCAUCCCCACCCGCCUCUCCAACACAGUCGUCAUCGGUCCCGGCGCGCAGAUCCUCCCCGGAACCGUCCUCCACUCCACCGUGACCAUCGACGCGCUGGCGAUCGUGAACCGCCGGGCGGUCAUCGGCGCCCAUUCGAAGAUGAUCUAA